AACUGAAAGGCAUUUAUCCCCAAGGGAGGCAGUUAUUUUAGAUUUUACUAAGAAGUUCAGCAAAUACUUUUCAACAUUCCCUUCUGUCCUUUCUUUGUUUUUAAAGAAAGCUCUGAUUUUGUUUCAUUUUCAGCUGGAGACUUAAAUGACACCAAGCAAAGCCUACUUAGUUUAGAUAUCCAGAAAUUGGCUGGUGGAAAAAAAUCAAACAUGAAGAUUGCAGUUUUGUUUUGUUUUUUUCUGCUUAUCAUUUUUCAAACUGACUUUGGACAAAAUGAAGAAAUUCCUAGGAAGCAAAGGAGGAAGAUCUACCACAGAAGGUUGAGGAAAAGUUCAACCUCACACAAGCACAGAUCAAACAGACAGCUUGGAAUUCCACAAACAACAGUUUUUACACCAGUAGCAAGAUUCCCUAUUGUUAACUUUGAUUAUAGCAUGGAGGAAAAGUUUGAAUCCUUUUCAAGUUUUCCUGGAGUAGAAUCAAGUUAUAAUGUGUUACCAGGAAAGAAGGGACACUGUUUGGUAAAGGGCAUAACCAUGUACAACAAAGCUGUGUGGUCGCCUGAGCCCUGCACUACCUGCCUCUGCUCAGACGGAAGAGUGCUUUGUGAUAAAACCAUGUGCCAUCCCCAGAGGUGCCCCCAAACAGUUAUACCUGAAGGGGAAUGCUGCCCGGUCUGCUCAGCUACUGAACAAAGAGAACCUACCAAUUUACUUCAUAAGCAACUGCCACCUCCUCAGGUGGGAAUGGACCAAAUAGUAAGAAAAGAAGCACUUCAAUCUGAGGAGGAUGAAGAAGUGAAAGAAGAAGAUACAGAGCAAAAGAGAGAGACCCCUGAAUCUAGAAAUCAGGGGCAACUUUACAGUGAGGGGGACAGCAGAGGAGGAGACAGAAAGCAGAGGCCUGGAGAGGAGAGGAGGCUGGCACACCAGCAACAACGCCAAGGAAGGGAGGAGGAGGAUGAGGAUGAGGAGGAGGAGGGUGAGGAGGGUGAGGAGGAUGAGGAGGACGAGGAGGACCCGGUAAGAGGAGAUAUGUUCCGAAUGCCCUCUCGAUCCCCGCUUCCUGCUCCUCCCAGAGGCACACUGCGCCUGCCAAGCGGGUGCUCUCUGUCCUACAGGACCAUCAGCUGCAUCAACGCCAUGCUUACCCAGAUACCACCGCUGACAGCACCACAGAUAACAAGUCUGGAGCUCACUGGCAAUUCCAUCGCCUCCAUCCCAGAUGAAGCAUUUAAUGGAUUACCAAACUUGGAAAGGCUUGAUCUGAGCAAAAAUAAUAUCACUUCUUCAGGCAUAGGUCCAAAAGCAUUCAAGCUUCUGAAGAAGUUAAUGCGUUUGAAUAUGGAUGGAAAUAAUUUGAUACAGAUUCCUUCACAAUUGCCAUCUACAUUAGAAGAACUUAAAAUCAAUGAGAACAAUCUUCAGGCUAUUGAUGAAGAAAGUUUAUCAGACUUAAAUCAAUUGGUCACCUUAGAAUUGGAAGGAAACAAUCUCAGUGAAGCCAAUGUCAAUCCUUUAGCUUUCAAACCUUUGAAGAGCCUAGCCUACUUGCGUCUGGGAAAAAAUAAAUUUAGAAUUAUACCGCAGGGUCUUCCUGGUUCUAUUGAGGAAUUAUACCUAGAAAAUAACCAAAUUGAAGAAAUAACUGAAAUUUGUUUCAAUCAUACCAGAAAGAUCAAUGUCAUUGUACUACGUUAUAACAAAAUUGAAGAAAAUAGGAUUGCUCCUUUAGCCUGGAUAAAUCAAGAAAAUCUAGAAUCCAUUGAUCUCUCCUACAACAAGCUCUAUCACGUUCCCUCCUAUCUACCCAAGUCCUUGCUGCACCUCGUACUCCUUGGGAACCAGAUUGAACGGAUCCCUGGCUAUGUGUUUGGCCACAUGGAACCAGGCCUGGAAUACUUGUACCUGUCAUUUAACAAACUUGCUGAUGAUGGCAUGGACCGCGUCUCUUUCUAUGGGGCAUAUCAUUCCCUGAGAGAAUUAUUUCUGGAUCACAAUGACUUAAAAUCUAUACCACCUGGGAUACAAGAAAUGAAAGCACUACAUUUUCUGAGGCUGAACAACAACAAGAUACGGAACAUUCUUCCAGAAGAAAUUUGCAAUGCUGAAGAGGAUGAUGACUCAAAUCUGGAACAUCUUCAUCUUGAAAACAAUUAUAUUAAAAUUAGAGAAAUACCAUCUUACACAUUUUCAUGCAUAAGAUCAUAUUCAAGUAUUGUUCUUAAACCACAAAACAUCAAGUAAUUCCAAGUUUUCCUUUGCUGUUUAUAAACUUUAUUCAUGUAUUUGUAGUAGCUGCAUUUGUCAUUAAUAAGAGAGACAUAAUCCUCCUGUUACACUCAGUAUCAUUAUAUGCUAGUCCACCUGAUUCACUAAUACACAGAUGAACAACCAAAAUAUACCUAAAAGGUGUAGUCUCUAGGAGUUUUAUUAAUAGUAAAGGUAAAAUCUCUCAGUUUCCCACCUCUAGAAAGAGGCCAUCUCACUAGAAUAGGAUAUUACACACACUGAGUUAGACCAGAAGAGUCUGGAACAAAAUAAACACAGCCUUUAUAAUCAACUUGAGUACUGGUGUUAGCUGAGAACUCUGUAAGUCCCUUUAAAAAUUAUGUAUCUUUUGGUUCAAGAUUAAGAAGCAUAAUGACAACAAAAAAAGCAGGCAGAAUUUAUGAAUAAAUGUUAUUAUUCUGUUAAAACAAUAAUUUGUUAAUUUCUUGUAAGGCCCUGUGCUAUAAUUACUGGUAUAAAUAUAACUGAGUAUUGGGGUAGCUUUCAUUUCUUCCAUUAAUUACAUGGUAAAAUUAAAACACUACUGUAAUGUUAAUUUCCUGGUUUUGAAAAUCAUAUUAUGGUUAUGUACAUUGUUAACAUUAAGGAAAGCUGGCAGAAGGGUGUGCAUAAGUUCUAUUAUAUUUUUGAAACUUUUCUAUAAUUCUAAAAUUAUUUUUUAAAGUUAAACAGCAUAUUAAGAUUACCCUCACUAUUCUUCACUCAAGAUUAAAACAUUUUUUUGAAAAGCAGUAGAGUUUGCUUAAAAUACAAAUUAAUUAUUCUUGACUAUAACCUUGUAAAGGUAAAUCUAAUGUAUAAAUUUUUGAAAAAUUUUGCACCACUGGUCACAGCAUCUAUCUCCUUUGCCUUAAUUUACUGAAAUAUAUCACUUUAUUCAGUUCAAUUGAAAUAAAGCUAUGUCUUUACUAUGUAUUGGCCCUACCAAAACCAUAUAUUAAAAUUUUUUAACAUAAUGA